AUGGUGACCUUCACAUCUCUCCUCGCCGGCGUCUCUGCCGUGGCUGGCGUCUCCGCCGUCGCGCUCCCGGACAUCCCCAGCCUGCACGAGAAGCUGGUCGAGGGGCGGUCGACCGCGACCUCGCCCGGCACCGGCACUAACAACGGCUACUUCUACUCCUUCUGGACCGACGGGCAGGGCUCGGUCAAUUACAACAACGGCGCGGGCGGCUCGUACGACGUGACCUGGAACAACGUAGGCAACUUCGUGGCCGGCAAGGGCUGGAACCCGGGGAGCCCCCACACCGUUGUGUACAACGGCACGUGGAACGGUGCCAACGUCAACAGCUACCUCUCGCUCUACGGCUGGACCAAGAACCCGCUCAUCGAGUACUACAUCGUCGAGUCGUUUGGCACGUACAACCCGUCCAGCGGCACGUCCAAGAAGGGCUCCGUGACCACCGACGACGGCACCUACGACAUCUACCAGACCCAGCGCGUCAACCAGCCGUCCAUCGAGGGCACCUCCACCUUCAACCAGUUCUGGUCUGUCCGCCAGCAGAAGCGCGUCGGCGGCACCAUCAACAUCCAGAACCACUUUGACGCGUGGGCCAAGGCCGGCAUGAAGCUCGGCAGCCACGACUACCAAAUCCUCGCCACGGAGGGUUACCAGAGCAGUGGCUCCGCCAAGAUCACCGUCGGCGCGGCCUAGACCACUCGCUACCCGCUUCCAGCAGCAUGCUGCCGGGGAACCAUGCAGCUAGCAUCAGCUUGGCAAUGGCAAU